GACUCACUCAGAAGCUGAACAGCUGGCACUCUUGACAACCAACAAAAGAGAUGCAGUGAAGACCUUGGGAGGACUGUUAGGAUGGCUGAGGCGAGACAGAGGGAGAGCUGCAAUGCACAGAGAGAGCAUCUAUGUUUACCUGCAUCCAUACAGCUCCAGGGCACUUUUUAAUGAUGCCUCAUUUGCUGUUCUUCAAUAACUCUCGGCCCACACUGAAAAAGGUCCUCCAUUUUGAUUCACAAUUCAGUCUGUCGACGUUUACCUGCGUCUGACCUCUUUGUUGCCAUGUGGUUGGACCAAUGAGGCUCAGAGAGCCCUCCGUUACGUUUCUGUGAGGUCUCCCCACACUCUAUGGAGACUGAGCCCAGCCGUCCGGCUGAGGGGGAGCGCUCUGGAAGACAAGAACAGCAGCAUGUGACAGCUGAAUCUUCACUGGGAUCUUGUCUAUCUCAGCAGCCCCAGCAGCUUCCUAAUCCCCGCCCUGUACACAGAGCCCUGGGCCGCCUUCAAAAUCGCCAAUCCAAACGUACUGACCUGCUUCGUUUACAGCAGCAGCAAGCAGCAGCAUGGCAGCAUUCAGACCCCACAGGUCCUUCAGGAGGCAGCUUCUUCUCUAUGGCCUCAUCCUCAUCCCUCCCGUCUACAUCCUCCACCCAGGGUGAUCCUGGCCAUGGAGUCCAACCUCACACAAGCCAAGAGGUAGAAGGCCUCAGCUCAACCAGAAAGGGGGAGAAGAAACCACAGAAACCAGGGAAAUAUGUGUGCACUUAUUGUGGCCGUCCAUGUGCCAAGCCAAGCGUUCUUCAGAAACACAUACGCUCCCAUACAGGAGAAAGGCCCUACCCUUGUGCCCCCUGUGGCUUUUCUUUUAAAACCAAGAGCAAUCUAUAUAAACACCGUAAGUCACAUGCCCAUCGGAUUAAAGCAGGUCUGGCGUCUACUCGUGAUGAGCCAAGUUUGAGUGGCCCAGAGGGUAGUGGUGUUGGAGAAGACCCUGAGGAGCAUACGGAUGGAGAAAGCACAGAGUCUGAAGAGGAGACAGGCCAGCAUAGAAAAUCCUCCUCCAAGGAGAUGCUCAAACAGCAGAAGAAAGGGAAAGAGUGGCUGGGAAGCUCAGAGGAGAACCAGCGGCCUGAGGAUUCCCAAGCUGUUAAGCAAAGACUGGCACUGAGGCUUAGUGAAAGGAAACGUGGCCCCAUGGCUUCUCCAGAUGACCCUCCAUCCUCGCUCUCCACGUCAUCUUCUUCUCUUGGUCCUGGUAGUAAAGGCAGCACAGAGUCUGGAUACUUCUCUGGAUCUGGCAGUACUGACCUUUCCCAAGUAAGCCCUCCCAGUUCCAGUGCCAAAACAUAUGCGGAAAUUAUUCUUGGGAAGUAUGGGAGGCUUGGGGGGCAGCAACGCAGUCCCCACCAGCAGCAGCCUCAUUCUUCACAUUCCUCAUCCUCAGGAACUGAGGACAAAAGCAUUUCCUUUGCUGUCCCCAAAACCCAAGUCAUAGAACACAUUACCAAGCUCAUCACUAUCAAUGAAGCAGUGGUGGACACGAGUGAGAUUGACAGUGUGAAGCCCAGACGCUCCUCCCUCUCCAGGAAGAGCAGCUUGGAGUCACCCAAGUUUAUCACUCCUAAAGAUCCUUACACAUUUGAUCCCAAAGGAGAGUCAGCAGGUCCCAGUGGUUUGAAACAUCUCCAGAACCCAGAAGCAGAUCCACCUGGUGCACAGGAACAGUCAGUAGUGCCUCUUCUGAGAAGCCACUCAAUGCCAUCAUCUACCAGCCAAUCAGAGCCCAGCACCUCUGGCACUAUUUCUCCAAGAGGUUACCGCCUUUGCCAGUCUUUUGAUGAGCAGCAAGCAGUGGUAGCAGAGAUGAGGGGAGCCCAGCGUUUGCUGAAACGCCAGCCUGCCAUAGAGGUCCCUCUUGGUGCUGAGUUAAUGUUGGAAGAGGCUAGUCCUGCCUCCACAUCCUCCUCAGUCAGAUGCACUGAACCAGCCAAGCAUCCACAACAGCAACAUAAAAAAAGUACUGGUUCGUUUGAAUGUGGAGCAUGCGGAGCCAGCUUCCAACACAGUGAAGGCCAUGAGGCUCAUAGAGGCAUCUGUCCGGGACUGGAAAAGGAGAGUGGAGAUGCAGGUAAAACCUGCAGGGAGGAUCGGCCCCUGAUGAUGCACUAUAAGUUCCGAGCCCUGGCCAUGGCUGUCAGGAAGAGGAGGAAAGAGGAGAGCCUGGAGGAAGAUCCUCCCAGCCCUGGAUGUGUACCCAUGUCAGGCAGCUCUGCAGGGCUCCAUUCAAUACAUAGCAGACCAGAGCACAGCCAGGCCCUCUCAGGUGUUACUUUACAGACUGAGCCAAAUCAACAGCAGCAGCAGGAUAGGAAGGGUGUGUCUGUCAUCCAGCACACUAGCUCUUUUGAGAAACAGGAGAGUGUAUCUAUGGAAAGCCAGGAACCAGACCUCAGAGAGCAACAGCAAUCACAACAACCUGAGCCAAAACCAUCACCCACUACAUCACGCCUCAUCCGCCAGCCAAACAUCCAAGUGCCGGAGAUCCUUGUUACUUUGGAACUUGAUGCUGACAUGCCUUCUGUUUCUCCCUCAGUGGCAGGACCUUCCUCCAAGGAGCCAGAGAAAGUUGAAGAGUUCCAAUGGCCACAACGUAGCCAAACUCUUGCCCAGCUCCCUGCAGAGAAGCUUCCACCAAAAAAGAAAAGGCUCCGCCUAGCAGAAGCUGCCCAGUCCUCUGGAGAGUCUAGCUUUGAGUCUCUGUCUAUGCCCCGCAGCCCUGGUCAAGAGAGCAACAUCUCAAGCCAUUCCGCUUCCUUUGAGGACACAGCACGAUCAGAGCCAGUGUCGAGGACCACUGGCAGCCAAAGCUCCCAGAUGUUGAUGGUACCAUCUGCUCCUCACCAACAUCAACAAAGCCACAAGGAGAUGAGGCGCUCAGCCUCGGAGCAGACCCCCUCUAGCCCACAACAAACAGAGCAAACCACAGAGACUAGAAGUAAGUCCUUCGAUUAUGGAUCUCUGUCCCCUCAGCAGUCCACUUCAUCCUGGAAGGAAAGGAGAAAGUGUCUUCUUACCUUACCUGCCACCUUAGGCGAACCUGAGCAGGAGAUGGGGGGGAACAUUAGUCAGUUGUCCAGAUUAGAAGGUCCUAUUCCUGGUCCAUCCCACUCUAACAAUCCCUUUCUCUAUUCCACUGAUGUAAGCACCAGGUUUAGUCUGGAAGCUAGAGGAAAAUCCUUGCAGCUUUUUCCACCACAAAUCUUCCCAUCAUCUCAGGAUUUGGUUCCUUUGCAGCCCAGAGGGCAGCAUGCCUAUCAUAUGUUCCCCCCAGUAUCAUUAUCACAACUACUCCCAAUCACCACAGCCAUAUCUGAGGUACUGUCCACCCAAGUUAUCCACAGAGCUUUCUUACAUUCACACACAGCCUCUUCACCCAUACAAGUGAACCCAGCACACAUCCCCAUGGCAGAACGGCUGAGAAUACCACUGCAUCAAUUUCCUCCUCUAGUUCCUCUCACAUUCUCCUCCAGGCCAAGAUUAAAUGAAGCUAUGUACCUGCCUGUCCCAACGAGACUUACCACACAUGGUUCUUCUCCAUCAACAACAGAAAGCAGACCCUCCCCCCUUAGCCAUCAAUCUAUUGUGACAAUCUCCUGCCACCACCCAAGGCCAGUUAUAGCCACAUGUCUGGCACAGCUUGCACCAGUAGUGUCUCUCGUGGUGCCAGUGCGCCUCCAAACUCAUAGGCCAACCUUUGCCAAUGCUAUGUACACCACCUUAUCCCAGAUUUUAGCUUCCACCCGUUCACAGGAACCAACUUCUUGUACAACGAUGGUGAUCAUGAGUCAGAUGGAACAGGAAAAAAUGCAGAGGACCUAUUUAAAGGUCCCCUCGACAGACAUGAAAAGCCUCCUUCCUCUCUCUCUGCCAACGGAUCAAGCCUCUGGCUCUGGGGAUGAAUAUGGUCCACUAGGGGCUGGAGGAAGCAAACGCAUGCUCUCACCUGCAGCUAGUCUUGAGCUCAGCACAGAAGCUCAGCGUCACCAGAAAAGAGUAAAAGAGGAAGAAGAGGAGGGGCAACAUAAGACGGAAGAUGAGAGGGAUUUAGAACCAAAGAUAAGACAAGAAGAAAGUGAAGACACAGGGGGGAAACUGGAAGGAGAAAAGAAACAACUAGAUAAGGUUGAAGUGACAUCUGUGAAAUUGGAGAAGGUGCAGGACCAAGUACCAAGAAGAAAUGAUGGGGAAAAAAAGGAGGAAGAGAAGUCAUCUGAGAAGAUAACUCAAAAUAAGGAGGAAGUGCCAACUGUUGAGGGGGCUGAGAGACCACCCACCCCUUCAUACCCCAGCCUCCAUACUACCACUUCUGUCAACUGGUGCUACCUAAAGUAUGUCAAACCCAAUCCAUCUCCCCAGAGGGACCCUUGUACCUCAGUAUAUUCUACAUGGAGCGUCAGUGCUCACAAUCCCAACCUGCCGGGGCUCAGUACUAAGGUGGCCCUGUCCCUGCUGUGCUCUAAACAGAAGCACAGCUCUGAGACAUACACCAUGGCUACUGCUCCAACACCAUCCAGAGGAAAGCUGACCUCUGCAAGCAGCAAGACACCAAAUGUGUCAGAGGUACAUGCCACACCACCCAGCCCCCUCACCGACGUAAAGGAUCAGCAAAAACAUGAAAAAGAGGGAAAUAAAGAGAUGAGAGAAGAGGAAGGACCAUCCACCUCCAAACAGGGCGAGUCCUCCCGGAUUCGUAUCUUUGAAGGAGGGUACAAGUCCAAUGAAGAGUAUGUCUAUGUGAGAGGGCGUGGCAGGGGGAAAUACAUAUGCGGAGAGUGUGGCAUUCGCUGCAAAAAGCCUAGCAUGCUAAAAAAGCACAUCAGAACACACACUGAUGUCCGCCCAUAUAUCUGCAAACAUUGCAACUUCGCCUUUAAAACCAAAGGAAACCUUACAAAACACAUGAAGUCAAAGGCUCAUGGGAAAAAAUGCCAGGCUAUGGGAGUGUCUGAGUCAUCCCUGGACGAGCCAGAGAGCGAGGAAACAGCUGGAAGCGAUGAGCGUGCACGCGGCUCAGAAGAACAGGAGGACCAUCAGUUUUCCGAUGUGGACGAGACCGAGGAUGACGAGGACAAUGAAGAUGAUGAGGAGGAGGAGGAGGAGGAAUCUGCUUCCCAUGAAGACCCGCCAUCUUCCUGUUCUUCCGACACCCACCCGUCCACCGGGGGACGCUCCAGCUGCGGCCGGCGCUCGCAGCAGAGCACUCCUGAUCCGGAGCCCAGUCCCAGCCCUGGUCGGGAGGCCUCUCCGCGGGGGGUCUGGUCCAGCAGGCGGGCGGCCUCACCGGGCAGCAGGAGAGCGCUGUUUUCCAGACGAGGCUGGAAAGCGUCUGCCAGAGCCUUCUCCCCGAGCAGUGAGAGCUGCUCCCCGAGUCGCAGCCUCUCCCCCCGUCUGGAAAUUUCCUCCCCAAUCCGCAGCCUGUCCCCCAGGACCGAGCUGUCCUCCCCCAGCCGACACAUUUCGCCCUCCCCGGAGAGGGGACCGUCUCCCAUCAGACCUCUUUCUCCUCUUCGUCCCAUUUCGCCCAGCUGCUACCGGUCAACUAGAGUUCGGACCCCUCCAUUGCCUCUGGGGGUGCAGCACAGAACCCCCGGAUACCUGCCGUGGGAGAGUCCGCACACAAAAGGAGGCCAUGUCAAAGUGGCGAAAGGUGGCGCAGCAGAAGAAGGGGCAGCAUUGGCAGACGCGUGUUUGUUUCCACCUGCUUUUCGUCUGUCCACCUCUGACGCUUACCCCGGCCUCCAAAGUACAGACAACAUCUUCAGCCAUCUACCCAUGCACUCCCAACAAGCCAAGGUCCCCUACCUGAUGAUCCCAAUUGGUGGGAUCCAAAUGGUACAGGCCAGACCAAGGUCCCACCCCACUGCACCGUCAUCCCCGACAUCUCCCCCGCUAGAGGGGCCUUCGCUGGCCCGGUUUGAAUCAUACUGGGGCGGGACCCCCAGGACUCAAGGGCUUAGGACUCCUGGAGACAACUGGUCAGAGCACCAAUCAGCAGGAACCAGCCAGUCGGUGCGGCACGGUCUUAGCACAGCACUAACGUUUUCCAAAGCGGAGUUGGAGACCACAGACUCAAAGCAAUAUGGCAGCUCGCAUGGCUCCGUCCACACCCACAGGUCUGCUACUGAGACUACAGAACACAGCAGCAGAGACGGUCGUACCAGAGCACUUAGCCUCAGCAUAACAGCCCCUGUAGCCUCGUGUGCCAUUGGACAGCAGCCAGAGAGGGAGGAGCUACCAUCAGGUAGUGAAAAGGAGGAGGGAGAAGCUAAAGAAGACUCAGCCAGAACAGAACAGAGCACUUAA